GAACCACGCGUCACUUAUCUGCAUCCUUCUAGCCCUGACUGACGGCUGAAGGGAGAAAUGUUGGGCGUAAAACGUUUGUUUGAAGGAAAAAAAAACACAAACAAAUCAGUCUUUGAACGCAGUUCGAGAUGCGUUUCUGAUCAAUUGUUUGUAUUUAGUUCCUUUUUUCUCAGAGAGAUUUAAGCCGUGUCACUACACCUAAAGGAAAUUUCAGGAAACGCAGUUUCAUCAGAUGUUUAUCAACAAUCACAGCCGUGAGCGGCGUGAUGUUUUUAAUUGUUACAGUUGAGCCGAUCCGAAGUUGGGUACGCCCACCCUAUUUUCUAAAACUUGCCUGGGGAAGGCUCUUAUCACUAUUGAGAGAGAACAGCAUCCAGCCAGCCAGGCGGCCGUACAUCGUAGAUCACACAUAGUGCGCGGCUCGGUUGAGUUUAGUCUAAAUUUACGAGCGUUUUGCUAGAAACAGGAAGAUGAAGGCCGGUUAUUGGAUAACAACAAUCUUUUUUGCCUUGAUGAUGAUAAAUUAUGGCGACGCAACAAACAUUACCCACAAAUGUUUUCAAACUGGUUACGAUCAGUUCUGCCUCAUCCAUGACGUUUUCUACAAACGUAAUGCUUCGGUGCGGUACGUCUUUCCUCAAAACUAUUCCUACAUUCGGAUCGGAAACGAUGGUUGGAACAAAGGAAUACAAUCGGUCAUCGAACAUUUGGACGGGCAACUGUACAAGGAGUUGGGCAGCCCUCCGAUGUUGGAAAUCAUGAAUUCCGAUAUGCAGUCAAUCGAAAUCCCACGACAACUACACCAUGGAGGUUUUGCCAAUAACGACAUCAAAUGGUUUUCCUUGGAAGAAGGCUCCGAAACGCCGGUCCUCCAAUAUCUAGAUUUGGCCAGCAAUUACAUUUCCAACAUAACAAACGUGUCUAGUCUGGUCAACCUAGUUCAUCUGAACCUCAUUUCGAACAGAAUUAUUUCGCUUGAAGGACACCCUUUCAAGCCGUUGAUCAAACUUCAAGUGCUUUACCUGAACUUCAACGCCAUUGCUACUUUUCAAAGUGUAGAUUUUCCACCCUCUCUGGUCUACAUCUCAAUCUACGCUAACGUCAUAACCAAGAUCAACUACAACGAACUAUCGUUCCCCAUCCUGGAAAGGCUAAACCUAGAGAGAAACAGGCUCUCGAGUCUAGACAUUCCAAAACUUCUAUCAGCAAUGCCGAAAUUGAAUACCCUCCUGAUCGGGGCAAACGAUUUCGUGCACGACGACCUAAGGCGGGUGAUCGAUCAGCUCAAACAUCACAACAUCACCCAUGUCUCCAGCAUGGACAAGGCCAGCUGCUGGUACGAGGAGGUGGAAAUCGAUGGUGUCUGUGCCGACCGGGAGCUGAUGAAAGCCGGAUGGCUCAAGUCGAUGUUGCUCAGUCUGGUGACUCUCGGGAUGUUGACGUUGAUCGUCCUGUGCACCUGGUGGGUGCUGCGGCAGAUGGGCAGAUAGGAGUUCGGAACUUUAUCACACCGAGAGGAAUAGCUUAGGCACUCUCGUUUGUUAAAGUUGAAACUUUUUUUGGAAUUUAUAUUAAAAACCAGAAGAAUUUGUAACAUGUAGUCGACCAGUUUUAUUAAAUAAGCAAGGAUUUCGUUUGCUUAGUAUAGAAUAAGUGAAAUUUAAAAAAUAAUCAAUAACCUUAAGAACUGUAUUGGGGAGAUGAUGCCCAAAGAAUGCCAAAAGCAGCACGAUACUUUUUUUCUAUUAUUAAUUCUACAAUUGGCUUAACCUCUAAUACAUAGCCGGCCAAGUGUUGACUAUUUAAAAAUAAUUGUUUUCACAUAUCUAUGUCACAUUCUAUAAAGAAAUCGGCGAUACUUUUAUACACAUUCCAUUUUUUUUUGUUUUUAAUAUUAUUUGAAGAUCAGGUGCAAUUCGUCUUUCCAUCAGGAUUUUCCAAACAGGCCAUCUCCAUAAUUAGGGCAGCUGAAUAGGUAGUGAUCCGGAUUUCCAUUGGUUGAGCAGCACGAGACUU